AAGCAGAGCAUCAAAAUGGCGGAGGCAAACAGAAUCACUUCGCUCUUUUGCACUAGACACAGACAUAAAGUUGACGAUGGCAAAAGCAAAUACUGCGUACUUAUUCCCUCAAGCUUCUAUCCAUCGCAUUCGGACACGGCUUCGAAUGCAAAAGCUAUAAACUUUCGCGCACGCAAAUGUGAAGUGAGCAAGCAAAGGAUCAUCGAAGUCCGCCGUGAACGACGGUCGGCGGAUGCCAUGAGCGGCAGGGCAAGUAAUUUCCCUCCGGUGCCGGAUCCUGAGCCGUCUCCAUGGGACGACUUCUUCGAUUUUGUUCUUACGAGUCCGGCUGCACUUCCACGGGCUGUUUCGUAUCGAGCGACUUCACCAGGGCAACCGCGGACUCGGUCGUUUGUCCCGGAAAGAGUGAUGUCACGGCCAACUCCUUCUAGUUUAGCUGGCUUCACAACACCCAUCUCGCCCCUUAUACUCCUCGAGAAUGCCUACGCGAGGCCCAGAGUGAUCGUCCACGAGCCUCUUCCGAGAUCCAUCGGGCAACCUAACGCCCAGGUCUUGUCUGAGCGACACUCCAUGUCGACGGGCAAUGAACAGAAGGAGGUCUUAAGCAAGCUCAAGAAGGAGAUUUACAACCCCGGGCCAAAGAGGCUCUUUAGGAGAUUGAGCCUAUACUAUCGGGAAAACACUAGGAACGGUCUCGGAGAUCAGAACAGGCACUACGACGACGACGACGGCAAGAGAUGCGCGAUAUGCUUAGACGACUUUGAGCCUAUGCAAGAGGUGAUGGUCACUCCUUGCAACCAUAUGUUCCAUGAGGACUGCAUCGUGCCGUGGUUGCAGGGUCACGGUCAGUGCCCCGUUUGCCGAUUUUCACUCUAUGAACAGAAGAGGCAAACUCAACCGCCUAUUGCACCGGCAGCAAUCCAACCCUGGGAGACAAUGUUUUAUGUGCCUGAAACAUUGUUCCGGUAAUAAGGAUGGAGGAGAAAGCUCAGCACACCAAUUUGAUGCAUACGAAGUAAUGCAGUCAUAUAAACAUAGCUCUUAUGCACUUUCUAUGUAUUCAUACGUGAGACGUCGCGGCUAUAUCACGGACAGCGCCUUUAUAUCCUCGCUCAGAUUUACUGGUUGUGGAGUUCAUGAAUUGGGAUGAAA